UCACCAUCAUCACCUCCCCCACAUGUUCUUGGGGAGAAUCUCUCGCCCUGAAAAAGAGCAAAGUGUCAGCGCUUUCCCCCUGUUCCUAGUUUUGGUUCUACUUCACCGGCAUCAUUCUCCCCGUCCCCAACGAACCAGCAGAGCUCGCAUCGCAAGCAACAAACGAGGAGGAAUCAGAAGCCGCCGCCGCACGGGCACGCCGCAGGGCCAGAGGCAUGGGGGACGCCGCCACGAACCACCCUGUUCUCGCGCCGGGUGAUGUCGGGCAAUCGAGCUUCGGCGCCAACUCGUCCGCCGCCGCGACCGGCGGCGGGUUCGUGGCCCUCGACGUCGGCGCGCUGUCGUCCCUCACCGGCGACGCCGGCCCGCCGGGCACGCCCACGGCGCCCCCGCGGACACCCUCUGCGGCCGCGGCGCCCCCGCGGACACCCAAGGUGGUGAGGUCGCUGUCGCGGAAGGGCGACAGGAAGCCGGCCGACGCCGACGCCAACGGCACCGCCGGUGGCGGUGGCGAGCGGCCGCAGCUGUUCGUGCACGUGGCGGCCGGCGACCUCGGGGACGCGCCCGGCAGCGCGCGGCUGGUCGUGCACACGCCGCUGGCCGGCACGCCCGGGAGCAAGUCCCGGCGGUUCGGCCGGCGGCCGGCGCCGUGGCUGGAUCCCCGGAGGGUGGUCUUCCUCUUCGCCACGCUGUCCAGCGUGGGGACGCUGAUCCUGCUCUACUUCACGCUGUCCAUGAGCAGGCCGGACUCCAGCGGCAGUGGCGGCGGCGGCGGCGCCAGCGACGCUCGGUGAGACGCCAGCUGUCGAAAGCGAAGGUGUUUUUUUGCCUUGUUCUGAGAAUUUUCAAACAACAAAGAUGACUUACAAAGAUUGAGAGGGGUACCGUAAUCCGGGCAAAAAAGAAAGAAAGCUGUGCUGCUGCGGGAGUCUGCAAGGUCAGUCGCACUGAUGGAUAGAGAGUGAACGGCUGUGAAGAAAGUAGCCCGAGUUUGAUGGAGAAGUUUUGUGAUGGUGCUCGUUCUUGGUCCUUCUCCUCUUUUUUUUUCUUUCCCUUUUUUUCUGAUUGCUCAAAUGAGGAUACAUGCCGCUUUACAGCGAUAACACGUAAUACUGUAUUUUUCAUUUCUUUCUUAUGCUGCAAACAGAAUCAUACAAAUUGUGGUACAUAUCUUUACAGCCAUAACUAAUUGUCUCCUCGAAUGCCA